AUGGUGAUUCAUGGCUUCAUCUCCUGGUACCUCAUUAGGCCGUUCCUCUGCAGUAGCUCGAGCGCAGGACGUCACACCCCCACGCACCCCCCUCCGCACCUCCAUACCCCUCUGCACACCUGCUCUGCUGCUGUGAAGUGCUGUAAGUACUGGCCCGACGACACAGAGAUCUACAGAGACAUUAAGGUGACACUGAUCGAGACAGAGCUGUUGUCGGAGUAUGUCAUCCGCACCUUCGCCGUAGAGAAGCGUGGGGCCCAUGAGAUCCGGGAGAUCAGACAAUUUCACUUCACCGGCUGGCCAGACCACGGAGUGCCCUACCACGCCACAGGUCUGCUGGGCUUCAUCCGGAGGGUCAAGUCCAAAACCCUGACCAACGCUGGGCCAAUGGUGGUCCACUGCAGCGCUGGAGCCGGGAGAACAGGCUGCUUCAUCGUCAUCGACAUCAUGCUGGACAUGGCUGAGCGGGAAGGAGUGGUGGACAUUUACAACUGUGUGCGAGAGCUGCGGUCCAGACGGGUCAACAUGGUCCAGACCGAGGAGCAGUACGUCUUCAUCCACGACGCCAUCUUGGAGGCCUGCCUGUGCGGAGACACCACCAUCCCGGCCAGUCAGCUCCGGUCCGUGUACUAUGACAUGAACCGGCUGGACCCGCAGACCAACUCCAGCCCCAUCAAGGAGGAGUUCAGGACCCUGAACAUGGUGACCCCUACGUUGCGAGUGGAGGACUGCAGUAUUGCUCUUUUGCCGAGGAACCACGAGAAGAACCGGUGCAUGGAUGUGCUGCCUCCGGACCGCUGCCUGCCCUUCCUCAUCACCAUCGACGGAGAGAGCUCCAACUACAUCAACGCAGCUCUUAUGGACAGUUACAAGCAGCCGUCUGCCUUCAUCGUGACCCAACAUCCUCUGCCCAACACGGUCAAGGAUUUCUGGAGACUGGUGCUGGACUACCACUGCACCUCCAUCGUCAUGCUCAACGACGUGGACCCAGCACAGCUGUGCCCUCAGUACUGGCCAGAGAACGGGGUCCACCGCCACGGACCUAUCCAGGUGGAGUUUGUGUCCGCUGACCUGGAGGAGGACAUCAUCAGCAGAAUAUUCAGGAUCUACAACGCUGCGCGGCCUCAGGACGGAUACCGCAUGGUGCAGCAGUUCCAGUUCCUCGGGUGGCCCAUGUACAGAGACACGCCCAUGUCCAAGCGCUCCUUUCUCAAGCUGAUCCGACAAGUGGACAAGUGGCAGGACGAGUAUGACGGGGGAGAGGGCCGCACCGUGGUCCACUGUCUUAACGGCGGUGGCCGCAGUGGGACGUUCUGUGCCAUCAGUAUUGUGUGCGAGAUGCUCCAGCACCAGCGUUCUGUCGACGUGUUUCAUGCAGUAAAGACUCUGAGGAACAACAAGCCCAACAUGGUGGACCUCCUGGACCAGUACAAAUUCUGCUAUGAAGUGGCUUUGGAGUACUUGAACUCUGGAUAA